GGCAUCCUCCAUAUAUAACCUGUUCUCUCAUAUUAUGGUACGAGCGCGCGCACCGCUCCUCCCAUUUGCGAAACGUCUGCAGUGCAGAUCGAUCAGAGGGUUGGGACGGCAAUGGGGGCACACCGCCUCGCACUGCUCGUGUUCCUUGCCACCUUGCCACAGCUGCUGCUCGCCGGCACGACCAGAUACUACACCUUCAAUGUGACAAUGCAGAAGGUGACACGGCUAUGCACCACCCGCGCCAUCCCGACGGUGAACGGCAAGUUCCCUGGCCCCAAAAUCGUCACAAGGGAAGGCGACCGCGUCGUCGUCAAGGUGGUUAACAAUGUGAAGCACAACGUUACCAUCCACUGGCACGGGGUGAGGCAGCUGCGGACGGGGUGGUCGGACGGGCCGGCGUACAUCACGCAGUGCCCGAUCCAGACGGGGCAGAGCUACGUGUACAACUUCACCAUCACCGCGCAGAGGGGCACACUGUUUUGGCACGCCCACGUCUCCUGGAUGCGCGCCACGCUCUACGGCCCCAUCAUCAUCCUCCCCAAGUCCGGCGUGCCGUUCCCCUUCCCAAAACCCUACAAGGACGUCCCCGUCGUCUUCGGCGAGUGGUUUAACGCGGAUCCCGAGGCCAUCAUAGCUCAGGCGCUGCAGACUGGUGGAGGCCCAAACGUCUCCGAGGCCUACACCAUCAACGGGCUUCCAGGCCCACUCUACAACUGCUCAACCAAAGACACGUUCAAGCUGAAGGUGCAGCCAGGCAAGUUGUAUCUGCUCCGGCUGAUCAACGCUGCGCUCAACGACGAGCUUUUCUUCUCCAUCGCCAACCACACGCUCACCGUCGUCGACGUGGACGCCGCCUACGUGAAGCCGUUCGACAC